UCAUUCGCACACAAAAUGGAGCAAUCCUCAGUUGCUCACAUUGUCGACUAUCCAGAUGAGCCUAUCGACCUGCUCCGACAGCUACUGGAUGCAGUCAAAAAACUUCACCCGAACUCGCAGCAAUACAUGAAUUUGGCCACCAUCGACGAUGAAUUUGCCGUACUCAACCGGACCGUGCUAUAUCGUGGCAUUAGCGCCGACAAAUGCAUUAUCUAUGUAACGCAGCGAUUCACGCGAAACUAUAAGAACAUUAAGGCCAAUGCCAAAUGUGGCGUUACCAUCCUAAUGCCGGAGGUAAUACUGCCGUCACAAGGGACCAUGCCCUCCAUCUGGCAGGUUCGCCUCUUGGGCGCCACCGCUGUGGAGCUGCCUGAGUCCGAGCUGGAUGCAUGGUGGAACAGAGAGCUGCUAUCGGCGAAAAUACGUGACAUCAUCUUUCCCUGUGGCCAGCCGGUGGACUACGACGAGCUCAAGGCCAAGCACGAUCAGUUCCUCAAGGAAUAUCGAGAGAGCGGAAAGCCGCUGCAGCGUCCCCCAACAUUCACCGCCUUCAAGUUUGAGGCUCAGCGCUAUGACUUUCUCAAAGUGGGCGUGAACCAGAUCGCGGAUCGGGUGCAAUAUCGCCGACAGGCGAACGGCAAAUGGGAGGCAAUGCAUGUCUCGACCUGAACUGAGUUCUCAGAAUUGAUGAGCGCGAUAGAUCCAACUGUAUUUUACACACUUCCAUUUUUAAUUUAAUUUUAUUUUUAUUCAACUAUCAUUUGCAAUAGCAAAACAAUUGUUCUCAACAAAUACAAACAAAAAUUAUAAUUACAACAACUAAAUGUAGUACUAACUAAAUGUCCUUUGUUUUCUUCUCUUCUUUUAAUGUUUUGUUUAGCAUACAGUUAAAAUAGUUAAUAAAUAUUACACAAAACAGU